AUGUAUGCAGGAACGGUGUUGGUGUGCGUGUUUCUUUCAGUAGUCGAGAACUAUGCUGGCCCAGCUAGGACGCAGCGUAUGACGGUUACAAAGAUGAGGGCUGCAGAUCUGGAGAGUUCAGCCAGCGGUUAUGUCUACGACCAGCAACAGGGACUUCCGGUUUACUACCUGCAGUACAACAAUCAUGGAACCGGAGGCUACUACCAUGCACCGGACACAGUGCAGUACGUUGCUGCACCUGUUGCUCAAGCGCCGAUCUUGAAACCGUACGCGGUGGUGGACGAUCUAGCCGCUGGCAAAAUGGCUCACGAAGACACUGUCAUUUACGGCGACAGGAUCGGGCACGUGGACGGUGCAGUUAAGACAGAACCACGAGCCCCCUAUUAUUUGGAAAAGAUCGCUGAAGAGGUAGGGAAUGUGGAGGAUGAAACGCAUAGUACCGAGGAAAAGAGCGAAGAUGAGAGUGAUGGGGGCGAGAGUGAAGAUGGGGAUGAUCAUGGGGAUGAGGGUGGCGAUAGUGAUGAGGAUGUUCAUGGUGACUUUGAUCAUUCGGUGAAGGAGUCUGGUGGUGGUUAUGUUCUUCCGAUCAGCAAAGGUGAUCGUGGCACGCAUGAUGACGAACAUGAUAAAGGAUACUAUAGCAAAAAGGGUGGACAGGAGAAGGAGCACAGAGACGAGGAGGAGGAGCACGGUUUCCACGAGGAGGCUGAGGAAGGAGAGAAAGGCAGUAAUUACGGGCAUUCUUCGUAUCACAAAAAGGGGCAAAAGACUAAUGGCUUCCACAACGUCUACCACAAAGACGAGUACAAGAAGGAGACAGAUUUCUACGACGACGACCAUAAGAAGGGUUAUUUCGAUAAGUUUGAGGAAUUCGACAAAGGUUACAAAGCUACCGAGGGUGGCUUCAAGAAGGGCGGCCAUCACUCUUCGGGCCACGAUCAAGAUGAUAGCGGGAAGAAAGGGUAUUACGACAAAGGAUACCAUCGAAGUCAAGAUCAAGGUCAUCGGACUGAAAAAGGGGAGAAAUCUUAUCAUUCGGACUACGAGGAUUACGGUGCCGAGAAAGAUUCGAAGUCGGCAAAAGCGCACAAGUUCCAUAAAGAUUCCGGUCAUCAUUGA